UCGAUCAGUUGGCAUCAGGAAUUUGUGCCGCCCGUUGUUCUCCACUCACUCUCUAUCACGUUCGUUCGUUUCGCUCGCAAAAUCGUUUACAUUCAAAUUCGAUUCCAGUCGCGUGCAUAAUUUCGGCGACGAACCUCGUUAGCAUCAUCAUCAACACACCAAAAAAAAAGUGAUUAAAUCCUCAUUUCAAUUCGGUCUGAUUGUUUGUGCGUCGACUUUUUUUUGUUGUUGUUUCAGUUUCUCCUUUUUCGUAACGGUCUCUCUUGAGUUGUGAAGCUUUUUUUUUCAAAGAAAAAAUCAUUUAAUAUCCGUCUAAAAGUGAAACUAACGAAAAUUUAUCCAAUUUGUACACCAAAUUUUCGCUAUCAUUCGUCGUCAUUUCAAGGCAGUAUCAAAAAUCCACACCAAUUUUUAUUAUGCUAAUCGAUUUUGAAAGAUAACGAGUAAGAAGAAAUUGGACGACAACGACAACUCUCGGUUUGUUGCCAUAUCGCUGUCGCCCAAUCAAAAUCAUAUUGAGAAAGGCGUAAUUCAAUUUUCGCCUUUUGUUAUACACGCAUCCAUCUAUUGAUCAAACGCUACAACGAAAUUAUAUUUUCGGCUUCAGUUACAAACCGUUCAAGUGAAUAACACACAUAAAUAUAUUAAUAACAGCGAAAGAACGACGACGACGACGACGAAGACGACAAAAAAAUUCAUCAAGCAAAUAAAAUUUUCCAUUACGAAUCACUUUCAAUAGACCCAUUCAGUGUGGCGACGAUAGAAAACAGUGAGCUCAUCCCAUCGGAUGUUUUUCAAAAAUUAAACGAGAGUGUAGAGUUACAAUGUAUGCUCACUGCCGAACUUGAAAAGCAUAACGAGGAUAAUUCGAUAUAUUGUUUAACACAUUACGAUUCGAUACUAUGCUGGCCGCGGACGCUGCGUGGUACACUUGCCUACUUACCUUGCCUCGCCGAAUUCAAAGGAGUACAUUACGACAUUACAAAGAAUGCAUCGCGGAGGUGCCAUGCCGACGGAAGAUGGGAUAAUUACACAUCAUACGAUGCUUGCCUCGAUGUUCCUGGUGCAACUGCUGUUUCGGAAUUCGAACCAGGAAUCGAACUACCAACGAUUGUCUACUAUACCGGAUACACGAUUAGCUUAGUGUCGCUUACUUUAGCCGUAGCUGUUUUUCUUUAUUUCAAAGAUCUUCGAUGUUUACGAAAUACGAUACAUGCGAAUUUAUUUAUAACGCACAUUUUAUCAGCUCUCCUGUGGAUACUAACGCUAUCGCUUCAGAUUGAAGGUCGGCCUGGACGAGCUGGUUGCGUUUUACUUGUUACAUUUUUUCACUACUUUAGCUUAACCAACUUCUUUUGGAUGUUAGUUGAAGGACUCUACCUGUACAUGCUUGUAGUGGAAACAUUUUCCGGUGAUAAUCUUAAAUUUAAUAUGUACGCAUUAAUUGGAUGGGGUGGACCGGCCGUUUUCGUGCUGAGCUGGGCGAUUAUCAAAGCCUUUGCUGUCGAAACGAAAAAUUUGACUGUCGAUGGUUUGGAAAUUGAGUGCACUUGGAUGAGAGAAACAAACAUCGAUUGGAUAUUCCAAGGGCCAGCCUGUGCGGUGCUACUCAUCAAUUUGAUAUUUUUAUUUCGCAUCAUGUGGGUUUUAAUAACGAAGUUGCGUUCCGCGAAUACCGUUGAAACGCGUCAAUAUCGCAAGGCAUCGAAAGCGUUAUUGGUUUUAAUACCGUUGUUGGGUAUAACAUAUCUGCUUCUUCUUGCUGGUCCGAACGAGGGUGUUGGUAGUCACAUAUUUGUUGUGGCUCGAGCUUUUCUUCUCAGUACACAGGGUUUUUUCGUAUCGCUUUUUUAUUGUUUCCUAAAUUCGGAGGUGAGAACAACGUUACGGCAUCGAUUCAACACCUGGCGAGACGAGCGCAACAUACGAAUGGGACAGUCGCGUCAAAGUCGAAGGUACACGUCAGGGAUGAGUCAAUCGAAAGAUUAUUCGCCUAGAUCACGAACGGAAAGUAUACGCUUGACAUCGAUCAACAUGUCGCCACCGUUAACGUCGUACAAUAAACGUGAAUCGUGUGCUUCGAGUGCAACAACAACCACAAUGCUGGGACAACCAUCAAGUAAUUAUGCAUCACAGCGUGGAUCGAACGGUGCAUUGCAUCUGUAUGCAUUGCCGAUGCCACCGCGCGCCAUUAGUCCUCUGAUGCAGCAAGGUUUAGACGAGAAUUGUGUGUGAAACAAACAACGACUAUUGGCCUCUUCGAAUCAACCCAUCUCGACUCGAUUCACGUCAUCGUCGUGCAGCAGCAUGGAUGGCAGCAAACUUUCAAACCUACGUACGAUGUGGAAUCAAUGAAAUUGCUAAUUAAAUACACAUGUCCCGUUUUCUUGUCUUCUAAUUCAUACAUCGUCGUUGCGGCAGAAGUGCUUUACCAAAACCAACAGUAGCAGCAGCAGCAGUAGCAGCAGAAGCAGCAGUAGCAACGGCAUUAACAUCAACUUAAUCAAUAAAUGUUAAAAUGUGUCCAGACUUUUUUUUCUAUUCUGUGAAAAUCGACUUUACGUUAAGCGCAUCAGUAUAUGUAUAUGUAAUUGUUGGAAUUUUAAAAGUUUAUAUAUUUAAAACCAUCGAAGCAGCAACAGCAGCAGCAGAAAAACCAACAAAUCCAUUCAAUGUCAAAAUAUAUGUGGUGAAAAUAUAGUUGAUAUGUGUAUAAAAUUUUUAAAACAAACAAAUAAUGAUACAUAACAAUUAAUGGUUAAAACCAUUGAACAUAGGAGUGAGCAAGCAGAAAAUUUAUUGAAAUCAAUGGCAUAAUAAUAAAAAAAAAACUGAAAAUUCAGCAGAAUAUUUAUCACAA